CAGCAGAUUUGCUGUAUCGUAUCAUACGGGCGUGCAGGUGCAGCGACUCGCGCGCGCACUCACACAGAGCCAUCGUCUAUACGCCGGGGGAAGGGGAGAGCUAGCGCCGCAUAUUCCUUCUCUGGACUAUAGGCUACACGAGACAGACGUAUAAUUCCUACUGAGAAGUGUGGAUAAAGCCGAGGCUGAGAUAUUUAGGCAGGAAAAAGCAGAUGCCUCUUCAAUAAAGGAUCUCCGACAGCGGCUGUUCGACUCAUCGCUUGUUCAGUGGAAUGCGGACUUACCUCUCUGGAGGAGCUGAGGUUUUCUGGGGAAAAGGAAAUCAUGUAUUUGACCUACUACCCACAAAAAGCUAAAUACAACCGCAGCUCUAAUCCUACUUUAACCAGAGGGUGAGAUGCAUAAAUCGGUCUUUUAACAUGUCGAGUCAACCAGAUUUUUAGCACAGUUUUAGAUUUCAAAGCACUAAGUACCGUGUGAGGUUUUUUUCUUGGAUUCUAGAAGUAUUCCUCAAUGGAGAUGCUCGGAGGAGAAUCAAGAUGGAGAUUCAAGUGAAAAGAAACUCUUAAAUACUGCGGGGUUUUGAAAAACUGGGACCUUACUAUAUCUGCAACGCUAUUUUCAAAAAAGCCGGAUAAAUUAAUACUCCAGACUGGAAAUAAAUCUCUCUUUAGCUGUGGAUUAAGAGAAACGGAACAUUUGAAAAGAAGGAUUAGGAGCACGCUCGGAAGAUGAUGAUGCGAAAGUGGAGGUGCAGUGCAGGGUUGUCGGCGGGCUCGGUCUUGGCGGGGCUGAUCGUGGCCGUCUCGCUGACCUCAGCCCUGGAGUUCGACGGGCUGCCGGGUCAGUGGGUCCGCUACGGGCCGUGGCAAGCGGGUGCCACCGGAGAGCUGAGCUUCACCAUGAAGACCAACAUCAGCAAGGCGGUGGUGCUGUACAUGGACGACGGCGGUAACUGCGAUUUCCUGGAGCUACUGAUCAACAACGGUCGCUUGCAGUUGCGCUUCGCCAUCCACUGCGGCGAGCCGGCCUCGUUGCACAUGGAGACGCACGUCAACGACGAGCGCUGGCACCGCAUCCUGCUCACGAGGAACUAUCGCGAGACCGUUCUGGUGAUGGACGGGGAGUCCAAGAUGGCGGAAGUGAAGUCCAAACGUAGGGAGAUGAUGGUAGCCAGCGAUUUAUAUGUGGGUGGCAUUCCGCCGGACGUUCGUCUCUCAGCCCUCACGUCCAGCACGGUCAAAUACGAGCCGCCAUUCCGAGGUCUGAUCGCCAACCUUAAGUUAGGGGAGACUCCUCCUGUCCUCCUGGACAGCCAAGGGGUGAAGAACGAUCUGGAAUAUCUGUGUACCAAACAAAAUCCAUGCAGUAACGGAGGACGCUGCUCGAUUCAAGAAAGCGAGGUGCUGUGCGAUUGCUCUAAUACUGGCUACAAAGGGAAAUACUGCAGUGAAGCUCUCCAGCAAGUUCUGGGAGGUCUGGCGCACCUGACGUUAAAGAGCCAAGCCCCAGGAGCAGCUCCUCUGACGGCCAUUCCAGCAGCAGGUGAUCCUGGAUCAGGCCAAGCGGAGUCAGUGGCCACGUACAAGGGUAAUGAGUUCUUCAGCUACGACCUGUCCCAGAAGCCCAUCCAGAGCAGCACAGAUGAGAUCACGCUGUCCUUCCGGACUCUGCAGCGAAACGGCCUCCUGCUUCACACCGGCAAGUCGGCAGAUUACGUCAAUCUGUCUCUGAAAAGCGGAGCCGUGUGCCUGGUCAUCAACCUGGGCUCGGGCGCCUUCGAGGCUCUCGUGGAGCCGUCGGACGGCAAGUUCAACGACAAUGCAUGGCACGUUGUCCGCGUGUCCCGCAACCUGCGUCAGCGCGCAGGGGUCGGACUCCCUACGGUAAACAAACUGCAUUAUAUGGUAACGAUAUCAGUGGACGGGCUGCUGACCACCACAGGCUACACUCAAGAGGACUACACCAUGCUGGGAUCUGAUGAUUUCUUCUACGUGGGAGGCAGUCCAAACACGGCGGAUCUGCCCGGCUCUCCCGUGAGCAACAACUUCAUGGGCUGCCUCAAAGAUGUGGUGUACACCAAUAAUGAGUUCAGACUGGAGCUCUCCCGUCUGGCUGAAAUGCGUGACCCCAAGGUGACUGUCCACGGUGACCUGACCUUCCGCUGCGAAGAUGUCGCCGCUUUAGACCCUGUCAGUUUCGACACGGCAGCUGCUUACGUAACCCUGCCACGCUGGAAUGCUAAGAAAACCGGCUCUGUGUCCUUCGACUUCCGUACCACUGAGCCAAACGGCCUCCUGCUGUUCAGUCACGGGCGGCAGCAAGGUUCGAAAGAUCGCAGGCCGAGGGUGGACUUUUUCGCCGUGGAGCUGCUUGACGGAUUUCUCUACCUGCUCAUGGACAUGGGCUCCGGUACCAUCAAGAUAAAAUCCGGGAACAAGAAAGUUAAUGAUGGAGAAUGGUGUCACGUGGAUUUCCAGAGAGAGGGCAGGAAAGGCUCCAUCUCUGUGAACGGCCGCAGCUUGCCCUUCUCCACCAACGAGGGUAGUGAGGUCCUAGAUCUGGAUGGCGAUAUGUACCUGGGGGGUCUGCCCGAGGACAGCGGCGGUCUCCCUCUCCCCCCUGAAGUGUGGACAGCCUCCCUCAGGCUGGGCUUCGUGGGCUGCGUGCGCGAUCUCUUUCUAGACGGCCGCAGCAAAGACCUGCGACGGCUGGCGGAGCUUCAAAGCUCUCCGGGCGUCAGCAGCUUCUGCACGAGAGAGACACAUCGGAGGUGCAGCUCAGAGCCCUGUGCUCACGGAGGACGCUGCCGCGAGGGCUGGAACAGACAUGUGUGCGAUUGCACUGGGACUGGAUAUCUGGGGCCUAACUGCGAGAUGGAGUCUGCAGUGUUGAGUUAUGAUGGCAGCAUGUUUCUGAAGGUCCUGAUGGCUCACGCUGUUCACACUGAGGCUGAGGACGUGUCUCUGCGCUUCAUGUCUCAGAGAGCUUAUGGUCUGCUCAUGGCCACCACCUCUAAAGAGUCCGCAGACACCCUGCGCCUGGAGCUGGACGGGGGAAGAGUCAGACUCACCGUCAACCUAGAUUGUAUCGGGAUAGACUGUAACCUUAGUAAAGGACCGGAGACUCUGUUCGCAGGGCACAAACUGAAUGACAAUGAAUGGCACUCUGUGAAGGUGGUGCGCCGUGGGAAGAGCCUGCAGCUCUCUGUUGACAAUGUGACCGUGGAGGGCCAGAUGAGCGGAGCACACACGCAGCUGGAGUUCCACCACAUAGAGACUGGCAUCAUGACGGAGCGGCGCUUUAUCUCCGUCAUGCCCUCCAACUUCAUCGGCCACCUACAGGGCCUCUCUUUCAACAGAAUGCCCUACCUGGACCUGUGCAAGAAUGGCGACAUCUCUUACUGUGAGCUCAAUGCACGCUUCGGCAUGCGCCGCAUCGUGGCAGAUCCGGUCAGUUUCCGGACUCGAGCCAGUUACGUGGCAUUGUCCACUUUGCAGGCGUACGCGUCCAUGCACCUCUUCUUUCAGUUCAAGACCACAAGCCCAGAUGGUUUGAUGCUGUUCAACUCUGGAGAUGGAAGCGACUUUAUCGUUGUUGAACUUGUGAAAGGGUACAUCCAUUAUGUGUUUGACUUGGGCAAUGGGCCGUCGCUCAUGAAGGGCAACUCUGACAAGCCGCUGAAUGAUAACCAGUGGCACAACGUCAUGGUGUCCCGCGAUGACAGCAACGUGCACAUGCUCAAGAUAGACUCCCGCACCGUCACGCAGCACUCCAACGGAGCCCGCAACCUGGACCUGAAAGGAGAGCUGUACGUUGGAGGCGUGGGGAAGAGCAUGUACAACAGUCUGCCCAAGCUCAUAGCAUCUCGAGACGGGUACCAGGGCUGCCUGGCGUCAGUUGAUCUGAACGGCAGACUGCCCGACCUCAUCGCUGAUGCUCUGCACCGGGUGGGUCAGGUGGAGAGAGGGUGUGAAGCCGGCCCUGGCACUACCUGCAUGGAGGACUCGUGCUCCAAUCAGGGAGUGUGUCUGCAGCAGUGGGAGGGGUUUACCUGCGACUGCACCAUGACGACAUACGGAGGUCCCCUCUGCAGUGACCCUGGAACCACAUAUAUUUUUGGUAGAGGCGGAGCGCUUAUCACGUACACCUGGGCACCCAAUGAUAGGCCAAGCACCAGGGCAGACCGUCUAGCCGUGGGCUUCAGCACCCAGCAGAGUGAUGCCAUCCUGGUGCAGGUGGAGAGCAGCCAGGGUCUUGGAGACUACCUGCAAUUGCACAUUGAACAAGGGAAGGUCGGUGUGAUCUUCAACGUGGGCACGGAUGACAUCACCAUAGACGAGCCUGCAGUCACCGUGAACGAUGGCAAGUACCACGUGGUCCGCUUUACACGCAGCGGUGGCAACGCCACUCUCCAGGUGGACAACCAGCCCGUCAUCGAGCGCUUCCCAUCAGGGAACAUUGAUAAUGAACGACUUGCUAUAGCCAGGCAAAGAAUUCCAUACAGACUUGGUCGGGUAGUUGACGAGUGGCUACUCGACAAAGGUCGCCAGUUGACCAUCUUCAAUAGCCAGGCGGCCAUUAAGGUGGGUGGUCAGGAUAAAGGCCGGCCGUUCCAAGGUCAGAUCUCCGGCCUGUACUACAACGGACUGCAGGUGUUGAAGUUGGCGGCUGAGGGAGAUCCUAACGUGCAGGUGACGGGUAACUUGCGUUUGGUGGGGGACGCGCCCUCCGUCCUAUCUACGGAGACCACCUCGGCCACCCCUCCGGCUGCGGCAGACAUGUCCACCACCAUCAUGGAGACCACCACCACCAUGGCCACCACCACUACCCGUAGACAACGCUCGCCCAGCCUGAAAGACAGUAUUACACAGAACUCAGAUGAUCUGCUGGUGGCCUCUGCUGAGUGUCCCAGUGAUGAUGAAGAUCUGGAGGAGUGUGAACCUGGCACUGGAGGUGAACUAGUGUUGCCCAUAAUUACAGUGGACACCCAAGACUCCCUUCCCAUGGCCACCCGUUACCCCGCUAUCCCCGCCCCUCCUACCUCCCUGACCCCUCUCCAGACCACCAAAGAGUCCCUCAUUUUGUCCGACCCCCGCCCACCAUGCCCUCCUGACCAGGAGGACUGUGGUGACCCCAUGGAGGUGUCGGCUUUCGGCUCCGGAGAAAUGACGGAGUCCGAUGAUGAGGACUUUUACAAAAACUCCCCCAUGGUCACCGAUAGGACAGUCCUGCCCCCGCCCCCCGCAGUGGGCAGAAGCGGGGGCCAGAGCCCGGGUGGUAACCGCCCCCCAGUCCCUGCGCCCACCACUCACCCCAACCAACUCCACAUCCCGGCGGGCAAAAUGAACACCCGUGACCAGGUGCUUCUGCCCCCCGCCCCAUCCUCCCGCCACACUCCCGGGCUGACCUACCCACCUGACUUCCCUCAUGUGCCCACAGCUCACCCCACCGAUCUGAUGGAGAAAGGCCGCCCCGGCGCCGUGGAGGUGAUAAGGGAGUCCAGCAGCACCACGGGCAUGGUAGUUGGCAUCGUGGCGGCCGCCGCCCUCUGCAUCCUCAUCCUGCUUUACGCCAUGUAUAAAUACCGCAACAGAGAUGAAGGUUCUUAUCAGGUGGACCAGAGCCGUAACUCUGGCUCGGAAAGCAACGGAGCCGUAGUCAAGGAGAAGACUGCAAGCACGACCGCCGCCGUCGCUAAGACGACUUCCAAGGGCAAGAAGAAUAAGGACAAGGAGUAUUACGUCUAAGAAUGUGUGUGAGAUGAGGGGAGAGGAGGUAAACAGGAAGUGGGCUGAGGAUUUUCAAACUUCAAAUCACCUCCUCUGCAUCCUCAAACAUUUAAGCCACACAAUCUUCUGUUUACUUCUGCAAAAGUUUUUCUCCUCUUCUGCCACUGAAAGAUAAAGAUGAGUGAAUGUGGGGAAAGGAACCAUGAUGAAUAGAUCCUCCGUUGCCGUCUUACAAAGCCAUUGUUGUAUGUAAUUUUAUCUCCUUCAUGUCUAAAGAAUAUCUUCCAUUACAUUCCAGAUGAUGUAAUGCGCUCUACACUCUUUGCGAUUAAAAAUUUAUGUUUCAUGUGACCGGGUCUCCGAAGGAGAGAAACAAAACACCAUGGACAGAGAGAGAAAACCACAUGUAGCCAUUUAUCGUCUCCAUACACAAGCUUUUGGUGCUAUUUUGGAGUAUUUAACAUUAUAGAACCGUGAAAUCGAGAUCUUUUAUAAGACAUUUACUGGCCCUUGUUAAAAUAGUUUACGAAGAACAUAAAGUGAGUUAUUUGCGGGAAACAAGCAGGUGCUCGUAUUUAAAUUUGACACAUUUCUCGGGAAGUAAAAGUAUUUGAUAAAAAAUGUGGCAGAUGACACCAGACAGCUUGUUUCAUAUUCCUAUAGAGUUUUGAAUUAAUUUCCACACAGAUAUUUAUGUCACGUGUAUAAAUGAAGAUUAAACUGUCCCUGUAAUGAAACACGCAAACCGAGUUCUUUCAUUGUCGUUUAUCCACCUUGGUUUCAUAAACAGGCUUUGCUCUCGUGCAUAUCAGCGGUUAGACAGCAUGGCAGGUUUGAAGGUGUCAGAGGGCUGUUAGGACUGAAAAGAAAAAACUUUCUAAUGUUCUUGAUGUCUCUCUCUCUCUCCCCAUGGUGCUGAAACAUUGUGAUCCGUUAGGCUAAUAAUUGUGUUCCAUGCAUGAUGUACUCACAUUCAGCUUUGAGAGUUUUUUAAAUAAGAAAUGCAAAUCAUAAAGUUGAUAACUCUCAUCUCACCUGGAGGAACAGAUUUGCGCGAGAGAGCACAACAAGGACGGAAGAGACCUCAGACUGUCCUGAACUGAACAUUGGCUUGUGGACAAAAGAUGUUGUAUCUAUGUAAAUACAGGACAAAAAUACAUCAGGAUACAGGUCCGUGUGUAUCGUGCAUACAGUGUGUAUGCGUGCGCGUGCGCUUGUGUGUGUGUAUGUGUGUGUGUGAGAGUGUUUGUCUUUGUCCUUUGGCAUGAGAAAGAUAUACGCAAGACUAAGUAUGAGAACUCUUUCUCUUGCCCCUUAUAUUCUCUAUGGUGUGAAACUGCAGCCCAAUACCCAUCAGAAUGAGAUGACAGACAGUGAAACAAACAGGAUAAGAGAAAUGUCGUCUUUUGAGAACUCUGUGGCAUCUCCACACAGGGAACUUGUAUAACCGAAUCGAGAUGCCAACUCGCCACCCCCCCAACCUUAAAGGAGAAGGAAAUCCAAGACUUUGGAUAAAGCAGCACAACAUUGUGUCCAGACUUUUGUAUCAUGGAAGGGGAGGGAAAAAAUGAAAAAAGAAAAAAAAGAGUAUACUGUCUAGAUAUUUCUCACAAAUGAAAAUAUGGUUUUCCUGAAUUGACAUUCCUUGUUAUUACAAAGAGGUUUUUUUGUUUAGUCCUUCCUCUUCGAUUAAAAAAAAAUGUUAUUCACAACAGAUAUUACUUCGUAAUUGAAGUGAUUUUCAAAUGUGAAAUCCUGAAAUGUUAUUUGGAAUUUUCUUGAAUUUGGUAAAAGAUAUUAAGGUAAAUGCAUUACACGUAUACCUCCAUUUUGCAUUUAAGUUCUUUUAUGACAUCAUCAGCAGGGCUUUUUGUUUGUGUUUUUGUUUUGUUCUUUUCAAAUAUAAUUGUCAUUUACAUAUGCUGGUCAAAGUAUAUUCCCGUUCUUAAUGUAAUUGUAAAGUGUUACUGUGACAUGAAAUCUAAAUAUGUGUACAUUGACAGAGGGAAAAAUACACUUGGUUCUAUACUUCGUACA